UUUAUUGAUUUUUUUCGAAAAGAGUGGAAUCCUGAGAAUGCGUGCUCUUCCAGCCACUUAUGUAGAGGGUUUCCAUGAUUUAGAAGCCGUGAAAAAGAUGAAGUACCAGCCACUGGGCCGAACAGGAAUGGAUGUUUCCAAGUUGAGUUUUGGUAAGGUGGUAAGUGAAAGCUUCAACCAGAUGCAAAAAUGUUGAGACACUUUGACGAAAAACCGGCCUUUCUCACUUCAAAUCGCAGCUAUUCACACAUCUGUGAGAUUUAAAACUCACGCCCUCCCUCCCCUUCAUCCAAAGCAGGAGCCCAUCAAUUGAUGAACUCCUGUUCAAAGCUGUUCUUCGCGAUCUUCCAAGUUUUGAGCAUCGUCUUGUGCGGCUAGCGACCUUGAUAGGGAGAGGAGGGGGGCUCACAAGUUUGUCAAUGUAGCUUCUCACUUCGGCCCGUUAGGGUAUUUUUUGGAAUCUGUAGAUGUAAGAGAAGCCUCCCUUCCCUUCCCCUCCCCACACAUCACAUCAGAUCACAUCACACCACAUCAUCUGUUUUUGUUGCAACGUCCCUUCAAUGUCAUGAUGGAGAUAAGCUGACAGUGACAUGAUAAAAAAGAAAAAUGUGUGCAAGUUGAAGCACUGCAUGACAAGCCUGUAGCUGUGUCUUCUCUGAUGGAGAAAUUCCCACUAGACUUUGGUAUUAUUGUGCAUGCAUGUUGUGCAAAUAUUGGGGGGGGGGGGUAGGGGGGAGUACUGCCAUACAUACAUACAAUUAUGUUUUUUAUUUGGGCUGUAUAGGUAUGACCGCUGUGAAGGGUAUGGUUUUCAAGCAGUUUACUCUGGGAUAGGAUAUAUAAAUCAUAGAGUUUCGGUCUAGAAUAGGGUAUCAUUUCCCUGGAAACUGAUUAGUUGGUUGAAGAUUUUAGUCUUGAGAAUUGCCGCUCAAAAAUAUGUAAAAAUAUCAAAUUGGUUUUGUUUUGACUGCAUUGUGCUAGUGACCCCAGUAGUUUCUGGAUAAUAGCUACUCUAGGAUAGUUUAGGUAUAGUCUAGUAUAGGAUAGCAAAAUUCACUUGAACUAAAAUAGUUCUGUUAGGCUAAGGGUUCCAGGGUCCCAGUGGCACAUCCCCUCCCAAAAAUUCCUAAAGUACCCCCCUCACCUCAGGUGCAAAAUGGAUUUGUACUUUUCAUUGACAUGUGGACAUUGACUUCUGCUUCCUUUUUUGCACUAGCUGUAAUUCAUGAAUCACAGUGUACAUGUAUGUUCAAUGUAUUUAAAUGAAAUUUUCUGAGUGUAACCGACUCAAUGAGAUUCAUAAUUUUAUUUAUCAUGUUAGGAGCGUCAUCACUUGGAAGUGUUUUCCGAGAAACGAAUGAGCUGGAAUCUAUUAAAGUUGUUCACCAUGCAAUAAAAAGUGGUAUUAACUAUAUUGACGUAGCUCCUUGGUAUGGGCAUGGUAAAGCUGAAACUGUCUUGGGAAAGGUAAAUAUUUAGAUGAUAUUAUUUUCCACUCAUUUUGUAUGAAACAUGAUGUGACUAUUCCCACAAUUUUUGAAAAAAUGUUGAAAAAAAUAAAGAGGACACAUUCCAAACAAGUUGCUCAUUAAGUAAUGUUAUAAAUCAUUCUAAUCAUUCCAGCUAAUAGUGACAUGGUGUAAACUGGUCACAGUUUUUUUCCACUUCGGGGUCACACAGAAAAUAAACAUCAUUGUGAUUCUUUGAAUCAUCAGUUUUUUAACCAUAGAAUCCCACUUAUUAGAGUAUUAUGCAUUUUUUGUUCCAUAUUGCAGGCCCUUAAAGAUGUGCCUCGUCAAGCAUAUUACAUUGCCACAAAGGUAACAUUUUCAUUGAACAAAAUAUUCCUGCAUCAGAUCUAGAACUAACUAGCUGUUAAACUAGCAGCUGAAGAGUUGUAAUCCAGUGUGUAUGCAGGGAUAUUGCUAAGAGUUAACAGCCGGCUAAUUUGACUGGCUGAAAAAGAGCUUAUGACCUCUUUAAAUUGCUCUGGAAGACAAAGACAUGGUGCAAUUUUGAAGGUGCAGUUGAGUGAAAAAGCUGGCUUGACUAAUAAAAGAAAAAUUGCUUAAUAGCUUUUCCUUUUAGCUUCACUGUACAUUUCAGUGUGUGGUUUAUAAAAUUUGAAUGUUGAGUUUAGUCUCAACUUUUCAAACUCAUCAAUAAUUCAUUAAGAAAAUACAAAGGAAAUUAAUGUUUAAUAAGUGUUUGGAAAAUGGAUGAAAAACUGCUCUUUUUUGCAUCCCUAAUUUCUCCUGGUAAAAUCAUUUUUGUUUGAGAAGUAAUAUUAAGUAUUCGACACAGUAUUUCACCACCAGAUGAAGAACCCCUCAAAGUUCAUCAGAAACACUCUGCUGCACAUCGUAUUUUCAACUCUCUUCUCAGUGUUUCAUCUGGUGUUGAAACACUACCUCUCAUGCUUGAUAUUUUUCAUCUUUAAUAUUGCUAGAUCCAAGCGCCCUUGAAAUUACUGGUACAUGUAACUGAAAUAUAAAGAAGCCAAUGAUUGUGUCCAUUUUAAUCUUGGAGUUUAUAUAAAACAAAUGAAUGUUUUUUUUUAUUAAUUUUUUAUUGACAUUUCUAACCUGCUCAGCUUUCUCUUUGUUUUAACCUGUUUGUAACUCAAAUGUUCUAAGUGCAACAGAGGGAAAAUAUCAGUGAAGCAAUGCUACUGUACCCAGUAGUUUUUUAAGAAAUCCAUUUUUGAAAUUAAAACAAUGAAAUCUGACCAUAAAAUGCCAAACUGCAAAAUCACUUGAUGAAAAAAUGGGAAAUAAAUCAUCUUCAUCCAUACAUUUAAGGAUUACUACAUUAUUUUCAUCUUGUAGGUUUGCCGAUAUGAACCUGAAGUUCAAAAGAUGUUUGAUUUUUCAGCUGAAAGAACUUUGCAAAGUGUGGAUGAAAGCUUAAGGCGUCUUGGACUUGAUUACAUUGAUGUCAUUCAGGUAAUUUUAAAAAAGCCUUUUAUGAAGGAUGACGUAGCCAGCCAGCGUAAUAAUUUCAGUUGACUGUAUUUUUCAUGGGAGUUAGAAAUUGCCUUGUUUUUUUAACUUUCCCAUAUCCUCUGCCCAUCCUGAAAAAUUGUGCAAUUUUUAUUGGCUGCAACUUUGAAUCACAUGCAAGUAAAGUUGAAGAACCAAAAGAACAAGGGAGAAUGAUAUUUAAGGACAAGAGGAACCACACACAAAAAUGACCAUGAAAGAAACGAUCAGAACUUUGAAAACCAGGGGAAUUACAAAAUACAUUGCAAGUGAUUAUAAACUGGAGAACCAUAACAACUAUGAAACCUACAUACAAACUACUUGUGGGAGGACUAGGGUGCCCAGAGAAAACAAAAGAAAUCCAAGAUCCAACUAAAGGGAAAUAUUAGAAUCAGAAAAAAACACGAAACUUUCAGACAUUAUCGACGUAUGUGGAGAUGGUGAUAUCAGCUGCUGUUACACUGGACAUGAGCUGUGAGGAAAUUGCCCUAUGAUAUCCUAAGCAAGGACAGUAAAUAACACAGUAAUAUUACAUAUUAGUAAAAUCCAACUAGUGGUCUUUCAGCAAUGGUGCAUUCUGAUUUGUUGAUUACUAGGCUAUAGGUUAAAGCCCACUAGUUGUAAAAAGCGCUGGUUUUUAAAACCAAAAAUAAUGGUGGUUAAAUCACGUUUUGCUAGCUAAAGUUGUUUUGUCUCGAUAUUUUUGACCAACUAGUUGGAUUUUACUAAAACAAUCAUUCCCCUCGCCUUCAUGGCCUCUGAAUCAAUAGCCCAUUCGGCCUUCGGCCUCAUGGGCUAUUGACUUAGAGCCCAUUUGGGCUUGAGGAAUAAUCGUUAAAUAGCCUUAUUUAAUCUUUGUGAUUUAGGUUCAUGACAUGGAGUUUGCACCUUCAUUGGAUAUCGUCAUCAAUGAAACUUUACCUGCCCUGCAGAAGGUACAUAAUUAUAACCUUUGUUCUUGAAGUGGCAAUAAUUUUAUCUUAAAUGCACUGUCAUCGCCCACCUCCAUGCAAAAGGAAUCCUAUCAUGCUGAUGAAGAGACUUUGUUUAAAAAUUAUUAAUUUUUGUAACAUUUUGAUUAUUGCCAUUAUUCGGGCAAACUUCUUUCUUGAUCAAGCAGUUUUAAUAAUGAAAAAUUAAUCUUUUUUAUCGUUGGUCAUUGUAGGAUAGUGGUUAAGGCUUAUAGCAUAUGCACUGUGGCAAACUAAAUCACCGUCACAUGAAAAAGAACCUAAGAUAAAUUAUGGUUACCAGAAAUACUAUAUUGAUAUUGAUUUCUCUAGUUAAAGGACAGUGGCAAAGUAAAAUUUAUUGGAAUCACAGGUUACCCUUUGGAAAACUUUCGGUAAGUACCUAUCUUUAUUAUUGAACAUGAUCAUUCACCUUUUUUUGAGGGAAAACUUUGUGGUUUUUCCUAAGAUGUAUGCAGCAUUGUACUCCUUGGAAAGUCGGCUGGGUUUGAAGCUUACCUUCUUGUAGUUCAUAAUUCGGAUUUGUAGCAUACAUUGCCGUAAAGCUGUCAAGUGGUGGACAGGUGCAGUUUUGAUACUGAACUGAUGUCUUGUUUCUUACCCUGGCCAGUUUCUGUCUUUAUUCCAAAAACAUAAGCUCCUGAGAUGUUGAUUUUAUCUAAAAUUAAUGUAUUUUUUCAACCUCGUUCAGGGACGGGUUGGAGAGGACCCUGAGGUUGUAUUUUUUUUCCUGAUGCUUAUUUAUAAUGUAGUUGUUGAAUAAUUGCCUGACAUGAAAACUUUGCAUGUUUGGCAGUCUUUGUAAUACACCCAAAAAUUUACUUAUCAGUCCCAAAGUCACAUUGGGGCCAUUUAUAAGUAGGAAAAAUAAGACGUCUAUUUUACUUCAUUACUAUUGAUACAUCUUACUUUUAAAGCCCCAAGAAUGUUUAACUGGGGCAAGAGCUUAAUAAAAAGUGACUGAAGGUCUUAGGGAAUCAGUAUUUUAAAAGUAUUAGAAAAGACAAACAGAGGUUAAAGAAAGAGCUAUAGUAGUGUUUAGGUUAUUUUUUGUUUUGGAUUGGAGGCAGUGAUUUUCAGGCAGUGAUUUUCUGACACGGAAAUUGAUUAAAAUAUUUUCCUGAUCAUUAUUUUGGGACUUUUAUUUUUUUGUUACAGGAAAAGGUGGGAGAAAAGGAGGGGCUAAAUAACUUUUAAUAAUACUUGUAGGUGAUUAAUUAUAGGUAAUCAAGGCAUCAAUGAUACGGAUGUUUUUUUUUAAAAUUUUACAGAACAGUUCUGGAGAAAAGUACAAUUCGUAUUGACACCGUGUUAACGUAUUGUCGCUGCACAAUGCAUGACACAGGAUUGCUGGAUUACAUGCAGUUUUUUGAAGUAAGAAUAAAUAAAUAAUUAAAUAACCAUGUGUUUUAAAGCCUGGUUCCCAUAUGCUGCUGAGCUACCUGCCGAGCUACCUGCUACUGUUCCGAUAUGAGAAGAGAAGUGGCUGGCAACAAAUGCCAAGUGAGUCUCUACCGCCAGCAUACCUGUGAAGUUGACUUGAGUUUGACUUCGCAGGCAUGCUGGUGGUAAAGACCUGCGAUGUCUCUUGUUGCCGGCAGUGUUAUGCCCUAGUAUGUUGGAGUAGUAUUGCAGGCAGUACCAGCAGCUACAUCACAGGUAUUUUGGUGGCAUAUUAGAAGUUACCAGUCAUAAGAGUCCCUUAACUAGGGGAAGUCGUGAAACUAAUUAUUGAAACAGUAGUGUCAUUGACAAAUACACUUUGUGUAUGCUGUACAGUAGAAAAUUGUGUUUAUCCCCUGUACAUGUAACUUGCUAUUUGUUUAAGCAGUAUUAAAAGCAAUUGCAAAUAGUGAAGUUUUGAUGUAACUUCUGUUAAUAAGCACUUUCACAGAAAUUCCUUCAAUAAUUCUUUUACUGUUGUACAAGUAACAUUAAGAUGGAAGGAAAAGCACCCCAGAGAGCUUUCUCACAGGCUAAACAUUUAUUAUACCAAAAUAAUUUCAUUGUACUUAUACAGUACUGUUAUUUUGUAACAACAGAUGUUUUAGUAGGUUUUUUUUUUUUCAAGUUGCAAAUGCAUCUUUGGGUUUGUCAAUAUGUUGACAUAAUUAUUGAAAAAAUAUGUUGGCAGUUUACAUUGUUGAGUGCUAUUCUUUUGUGGCUUAGGAGCGCGGAGUAGGGGUUGUGAAUGCCUCUCCAAUAUCCAUGGGAUUGCUUUCAAGUCGUGGUCCACCUGCUUGGCAUCCAGCCAGUGAAACUCUUCGCAGUAAAUGCAAGGAAGCUGCAGAGUUUUGUCAGGUUUGUGAUACUAAGAUAAUAACAAAGAUUUUUGAGAUCUAGUUGUCAAUCUAAAAUCAGGGUUAAAAUAAAAACUUAAAUUCCAGCUUGUUCUUUGGGCAAGUAGCUCUGACAUUUCGCUUGACUGGGGCCACUUUGUCCUCAUCUUCUAAAGUUAGCUAUUUUAUUACCGGAUGUUUUUUCUGCAUCCUCGCCCAUUGGGUAAUUAUGCUUUAAAAGUUACUUGCCCAGCAAGAAAAUCUACUUAGUUCAUAAUGGACAAGCAGACAAACCUUUUUUUUGUAGCUCUUUUAUAAUAAGUUUAUUUCUAUCACACCUAAUAUAUAACAAGACUCUUCAUCUAAUGACUUUAAUUUAUAAGUGACUCUCAAUUGAAUGUCAAAUUGUCCUUUUGUUUCACAAGCAAAUAUAAAACAAUCUGGAAGGAGAAUCUUGAAGUGUAUCGGAUGUUUUCGCCAGGAAAAGGCUUCCAGGGAACUUCUUAAAGUUCACGUAUUUUUUUGUUGCCUUUAAUCCUUAAAUAAUGUGUAAAACAUGUAGUGCUAUCUUAAAUUUAAACUUGUGAAAAAUCUUAAAAAAUCUUUUUUUGUCUUCAAAACAGAGUUUUCCCUCCAAAAAUGUCUGCCUCAUCGCGCGACCAAAUUAACAAGAGUUAUGUAGAAUGAUUUGUAAGAAUGUAGAAUAAAAUUAACAAGAUGGCGGCAAAUACAAAGGAUUGUUGUUGUCUACAUGCCAACUCCUGGCCAGUCCUCAAUUUUAUAUAAUAAUGAAUUUAUUAAUAAUGUCUUUCAGGCUGAAAAUGUUGAUAUCUCCAAACUUGCCCUUUAUUUUACCUUGGACGUAAACAAUAUUCCCACCACCCUUGUUAGUACUGCAAGCAUUGGAAACCUUCAAAAGAACAUUGAUGCAGUUAGCCAGAAGUUAACAGAUCCAGAAAGAACCCUUUUGGAGUACAUUAUGGACUUGUAUGUGACUUUUGACAAGCUUUAUAAUAUUUGGGGAUCAGUAUUUACAGUGAGACUAGGUACUAAAACUGGGGCCACCUAGACAAAGUUGACCAAUCAGAUGACAGGAAAAUAACAAUAUUACAUUCCAAGAAAGUUAGUUGUCAAUCAUAAUUUCCACAAAAUGAAAGAAACAACAUGGAUUGAAAUCAACCAAUCACAACCUACAGACAUGACCUUUUGAACCCACCAAGAAAGCCCAUGUUUCCUGAGAGGUCCGUUAGAGUGAGUGACAGAGGCGAAAAUUUAAAUGUUAGGGUAAUAAGAUUUUGGGUAACACCUUAGUGGCACAUACGCCUCCCGGAUAAACCCAACAUUUUGCCCUAUGAAGUUAGUGUAAACAUUGGGUUAGGGUAUGUAUGUAGGUGGGCAGGAAGUCUAGCAAAGACUUAAAAAAUAGAAUAUUUACCAGGAGUCCAUCUAUCCUCCACCCAUUCACACAGUUCACCAAUUUGAAAGAUUUGCCUAUUUUUUUACAAAGGGAAAAAAAGAACCAUUCCUUCGGAGUGACUUUUCCAGCAUUUUCCCACAACCUUUUGUUUUAUAAACACUUUCCUUUGCAGUUUUUUCAGAACAAGUGGCAAUCUUUCAUGGGAAGGUGUUGAAGUUAGAAAAUACUGGCAAAAGAUGAAACAACUCCAGCCUGAUAUGGUUCCAGAACAGCACCGAUGAGGAGAAAUUUGUAGGACUUUGAAUGUGGGAAAAUGUUUUCCUGGCUUGUUAAUCAGCCACGUAUUGUUAAGAGGUAAUAAAGUGAGAGUUUGUCUACUAGGAAAGAAAGCAAAAAUGAGGGGAAAAAGGUAUUGAGAGAAGUCUAGCUUUUAUUUGAAUGGUCACCCCACAGACCUUUGACAAAUGUGCACAUGUACAAACUCAAAUGUAAGAAUCACAGUCAUGUACAUGCAUGUCUUUAAAGGCAUUUACCAGUAUAGACAAUAUUAAAAGAUUUCAAGAAUUUUAUUAAAAAAGGCAUCUCAGUGCUGUUCAAUGGUACCUAGAUCAAUAAAUAACCUUUAAAUUAUUUAAAUAUACCUAACAUUGUUUAUGGAGAUAUUGUACUCAAUGAAUUGUUUUGCUCAGCUGGUGCAGAAGCCGUCACCUGAGUAAGUACAUGUAAGACAGGUCUAAAAAACACUGCAUGUACAGCAAAAUCACAUCUGCUAGCAGAGUAACACAUGUAGUUAUGUAGAAAAGAACUACCAGUAUUAAAUGUGACUCUUUGUGUAGUCAUGUGGGUUAGCAGGCAUGCAUAUUGUCCAAAGUCCUUAGAGUCAGCAAGCAAAAGAGUGCAUGAAGCCC